GCACAAGCCUUUCUUCCGCCAGCGGAUUUUCGGAUUCGUCGGUAGGGCGCAAAACUCAAACCAACAAUCACAUUUCUUUCCCCCCCGCCUCUGCUGAGCACAGAACCUUCCCAUUUCUCACCUACCUCCCCAGGCUGCUGUACCACCCGACAGUUGAAACUCGAUCGCUUUCGUCUGGAAGCGACUCCAUCCUAAUCGACUCGCACGGCAUAGUACCUGCUCCUUGGUCAAGCCUGAGCUUAUAGAUUUCCGCUCCUGUACUCCGGAAAUUCCCAUAACUUUACGAGCUCGACCCAAGGCAAGAUCAACCCUUAGCGGCUCGGACGUGAAGUUUUCGCCAGGAAGUUUAGAAAUUGGCGGCAGACAAGCCCAUUACGAAUCGUCGAACCUGCUGACGCACCAUUGCAAUCUGUGCUGCGCUCCCGCAGAGAUUUCUCAGAAUGCGGAACUUUUCCGAAAAGGCCGGCGGCGUACUUUCAAUGGCGUUUUCCCUCCUUCUGGCGCUCUUUUCUCUCGUCGCUCCCUCGCAAUCCGUUUCGUGUCUCCUUCCCCGCGUUCUUAUCAACGUGACGAAGGAGUCGGACCUGUACCUUCGCAAGAACUACCCCGCCAAUCAGUACGUGACCAUGUUGCUCAAGGCGAGCAUUCAGCUGACCGACACGUUCGUUAUGGACGCCAAGUUCAGCUGCACGGUGUUCCGCUCCGACAAAGACCGCGUUUACGACCUCGUCUCGCCCUCCGUCAACACCAUGGUGGCCAAGAUCGUCAACACCAACAACGUGCUCGUGAUCGGAGUGAAUUUCAAGAUGCCCGUUUCCACUUUAGGCCAGCUGGACUGUAACUAUAUCGAGACGCGCUACAUCGACUUCAUAGGCAAAUACGCCUGCCCUGCUGUGUGGCUGUACCGAGUCUGGGGCGUACAAGUGGUGCAGGGGAACGUCUAUGGGAGAGUGGAGGUGGCGCGGGCAAAUUACUCACGAAUCGACUCCCUGGACGUUCUAGUCAAAGCGACCAACCAGCCGGGCGCGAUCGUGGUGAUGCUGUCGGGCGACGGGCCGAACCUCAUCCGCAGCAAUGUUGUCAUCUCCAACAACAACGUGCGCACCGAAGGCGCCAUGGGGCAGGGGGCACCUGUGGGCAUCAUGCUGUUUCGCGGAGCAGUGGGCGUCGACGUGAUCGGUAACCGCAUAUCACAUUUUAGCCUGGCGAGUCUGCAGCUGGGGUGGGGGCAGACCAACGUGGGCGACGCCAUGCUCUCUCUGGUCACCAAGAACGACAUCAUCCACGGCUUCGGCCAGCUGGGGGACAGUGCGGGUAUCUAUGCCGACACGCACUGGGUGAACCCCGGGAAUAUCCUGCGGUGCAACUACGUGCAGAGGGGCGGGCACUGCCUGUACCUGGACUGGGUGUCGUCGGGCGUGGUGGUGGAUGGGCUCGUUUGCGAGCAGACGGCAGACGGAUUGAAGCUCAACACGGGAAAGAACAACGAGGUGCGGGGCAUGGUGGUCAUUGACAGCAAGGAGCCGUCGGCGGGGUACAUCUCGUGCCAGAACUACAACGUGAACAACUGCGACAAACCCAACGGGAUUAAGUGGAACAACGACCUGCUCACCUACUACCAGACGCCAAGCAUCAAGAAGCUCUUCCCCUUCCUCACUGGCUUCUGCAACAAGACCACCAUCAACGGCAUCAACUGCAACGAAGGCACCUCGGCCACGGCCGGGCCCACCACCACAGGCCGGUGCUCCGGCCUGCCCACGGAAAACAUCGCUGAGAUCGUCACCGCCACCUCCGACAACUCCACCCGCCAGGUGUACCUCCACUCCAACUGUGCUCCGUUCACCGCCAUGCCGAAAUUAAACAAGCUGACCUACCUGCCCGUGAAACUCAGUACUGCUGGCUUUAAGAGCGUGAAGAACCGCGACUACAGCCUGGUUCUGACGUCGCCAAUUCUUAAAAAGUUUCCGGCUUUUCGGAGCUGCCCAGUGAAGGACAUCGGCCCGCAAAACGUGUCAUACACUACGUAUUUCAGCCUUUUUAAUAUCGCUAUGCCGGCGAUGAGACCGAUUGCUGCAAGGCCUGCAUCCAUCGCAAAACCGGGGAGUGUAUCGAGUCUUGUGGUGUAUGGGGGAGGGGCGGUGUCGGGCAACGUGACACUACAGCCGAAUCCUUAUGCUACAACCAAGUGGAGUGCACAGCUGGAACGAGAGCUGAGGCCUGGCUUCAUGCUGACAAUGCGAAAAUGGUUGAGAUUCUAUGCUCGUCACCAAGCUCGCCGCCCAGCGCCAAAGCAAAAGGCUUAGAGGUGCCACAAACAUGUUGCCACAAGCAAAAGGCUUAGUUUCAUAUUAUCACCACACCUAGGCAUAUUCUUUCAUUGUUUCGGGAUUUGUAAUAAGACGUGUGUGAAGUCAAUAAGGACGCUGUGUUCUCCUGCCCAUCCCCACUUCAUUGUAUAUUCCCCCAUUUGCCAUAUGAUGAACG